AUGACUAAAUCUGAAAAUAAAAUCACUAUUAUAUCUCCCUUAGAAACUGUUGAUAACAACACAAAUAAAUAUAUGAUUGGGAAUAGACCUAAACCAAGAAGGUUAUCAUCCUUGAAGGACUUUAAAGAUCCCUUUAUGAAUCCUGAUAAAUAUUAUGGACCUAAAACUAAUCCAGAAGAUGACGAUUUAGAGUUACACUCUGAUGAUGAAUUAGCUAGACAAAGCACUAUUAAGAGUAAAAAAUAUACCAAACUAGAUCAUAUCGAUGACAUCAAAAAAUCGUUAAAGAAUAAAAAAACAAGGACGAGGACUAUGAGUGCCAUUGGUGGUAUCUCUUUUUAUAAGAAAAAUGAAGAGUUUAAUCAACAUCCCAUUAGAAGAAGAGGAUCUGAAGAUGAUGUUCUUUUAAGUGGUAAAGGUAAUCGUCGUUUUUUCAUUGAAGAUGUUAAUUCAACUUUGAAAGAAUUAUUACUUACUGAAGAUACUGAUUCAAAUUAUCAAAUAACAAUUGAAGAUAAAGGUCCUAAGGUUUUAAGAAUCGGUACUGCCAAUUCAGAUGGUUAUAAAUAUAUAAAUGUUAGGGGUACCUACAUGUUAUCAAAUCUUUUACAAGAAUUAACAAUUGCAAAAAGUUUUGGUAGACAUCAAAUAUUUUUAGAUGAAGCUCGAAUCAAUGAGAAUCCAGUAAGUAGAUUAACUAGAUUAAUUUCUACUCAAUUUUGGGAUUCAUUAACUAGAAAAGUUGAUUUAAACAACAUUGCUACUUUAGCAAAAGAUACAAAAAUUGAUGCCCCUGGAGCCAAAAAUCCAAGAAUUUAUGUUCCAUACAAUUGCCCAGAACAAUUUGAGUUCUAUGUACAAGCGUCACAAAUGAAUCCUUCUUGGAAACUAGAAGUAGAAUAUUUACCGAAGGACAUCACUCCAGAGUAUGUUCAAUCAAUCAAUGGUACUCCAGGUUUACUGGCAUUGGCAAUGGAAGAACAUAUUGAUCCAUCCACUGGUGAGAAGGCAUUAAUCGGAAUUCCUUAUGCAGUGCCUGGAGGUAGGUUUAAUGAAUUAUAUGGAUGGGAUUCAUAUAUGAUGACUUUAGGUCUCUUGGAAAGUGGAAAAGUAGACGUUGCCAAAGGAAUGGUUGAACACUUUAUUUUUGAAAUUGAGCAUUAUGGAAAAAUCUUAAACGCUAAUAGAAGUUACUACCUCUGUAGAUCACAGCCACCCUUUUUAACGGAUAUGGCUUUAGUCGUUUUUAAUAAAAUUGGCGGUGAUCAGAACCCUGAUGCCAUAGACUUUUUAAGGAGAGCAAUGAAAGCAGCUAUAAAGGAGUAUAAAACUGUAUGGAUGGCCGAACCUAGACUAGAUCCUGAAACUGGAUUAUCAUGUUAUCAUCCUGAUGGUAAAGGUAUUCCUCCAGAAACAGAAAGUGAACACUUUGAUACAAUUCUAGCCCCAUACGCUAUGAAAUAUAAAGUUUCUAUAGAGGAACUCAAAACAUUGUAUAAUGAGGAAAAAGUAAACGAACCUGCAUUAGAUGAUUUUUUCUUACACGACAGAGCAGUAAGAGAGUCUGGGCAUGAUACCACUUAUAGAUUUGAAGGUGUCUGUGCAUACUUAGCGACAGCAGACUUAAAUUCAUUAUUAUACAAAUACGAAAAUGACAUUGCAGAUUUUAUUUCUACAUACUGUGAUGACAAAUUCUAUGAUGACAGAGAUGAUACUAUAACGGAUUCAAAACAUUGGAGAAACUUAGCAGAAUUAAGAAAAAGUAGAAUAACUAAAUAUAUGUGGGACGAAGAAAAAGGUUUCUUUUUCGAUUAUAAUGUAAAAUUUAAAGAAAGAACUAGUUAUGAAUCUGCAACAUCUUUUUGGACUCUAUGGGCUGGGUUAGCGACUCAAGAACAAGCACAAAUAUUGGUAAAAAAGGCAUUACCGAAAUUAGAAGUCUUAGGUGGGUUAGUCGCAUGCUCAGAAGAAUCAAGAGGGCCGAUUUCUGUUAACAGACCACCAAGACAAUGGGAUUACCCAUUCGGUUGGGCUCCUCAUCAAAUAUUAGCUUGGAAAGGGUUAGAGAAUUAUGGUUUUACAUGUAUCGCAAACAGAUUAGUGUAUAGAUGGUGUUACAUAAUGACAAAGGCCUUUGUUGAUUUCAAUGGUAUUGUUGUAGAAAAAUACGAUCUAACAAGAGCGACUGAUCCUCAUAAAGUGGAUGCAGAAUAUGGUAAUCAAGGUGCUGAUGUUAAAGGUGUUGCCCGUGAAGGGUUUGGAUGGGUUAAUGCUAGUUAUAUAUUAGGCUUAAAGUACAUGAACAACCAUGCAAGAAGAGCCUUAGGAUCAUGUAUCCCGCCAAUUCCAUUUCUUAAUAGUUUAAGAACUGAGGAAAAAUCCCUAUAUGGAUUAUAG